CGUCGCCAUUUUUUCGGUCUCGUACUCGCAACUCCUGGCGGCUCGGGUGAGGAGGGGUACGAGCAGAAAAACAAGGGCAAAGUGUCCGAAACAACCCUCCCCCCCCCGCCCGCCUCAAAAAAAAAAAAAAAAAAUCGACGAAUCGCGAAGACCGGGUGGCGGCGGCCGAGCUGGUGGGACGGGGACGGGGAACGGGGACGGGGACAGGGGGGUGUCGCGUCCCUCGCGGAGCAGCAGUCGCACACGAUGCGCGCGAGAGCCGCCGCGGCACAAACGCUCCACGCGCGGGACACGAGCCGCAGCCGCGAGACCGCUUCGUGAGUGAAGACGUGUUGCGGGCCGCCAUCUUUCUUUUUCUUUUUCUUUUUCUCUUCUUUUUUUUUUUUUGUUUGUUGUUGCUGCUGCCGCCUCUAAAGUCUGCCACGGACUCCAGAAAGGAAGGGGGGAUUAAAAAAAAAAAAAAAAACGAAAGAGAAAAAAAAACGCAUUUCCAUGACGCGUGCCUUAUACCGCGAGAUCGAGAAGAUAGCGAGCGAGUCGCUUCGUGCGUUUCUUCUUCUUCUCCUCCAAAGACCGGCAGACAUCCGGAUAUAUGUUAUCGGCUGAACGACUGAGGACACCUCUUUUUUUUAUACCGUUCUCAUAACUGACAAGCGGGCGGAGGAGGAGGCGGAGGGGGGAUGCGUUAUUAGAAGAGGCCGCCUGGUGUGUGUGUGUGUGUGUGUGUGUGUGUUCUUCUCGGAAGGCGGAACGAAAAGGGGAAGCUUCAUUGAUCAUUUGUUGCCCCGGCCCUCCGUCGCUGUCUGUCGGCAACUUCUGUCUUUUUUCUUCUUUUUUUUUUUUUUCUUCAAACGACCCACUCGGCCAUUGAACACCGAGGAUCCACAGCGGGCCAGUCGCAGCCGGCCUCUGAAAACGUCAGGUUGUUGUUGUUGUUGUUUUUUUUUUAUUAUUAUUAUUUGUUUGUUUGAAAGAAGAAGAAGAAGAAGAAGAAGUGUCCGGAGUCGAGCAGAAAUCCCUCGGGGGGGGAGAAAAAGAACCCCUCUCCGGGCGACACAUGCCCUGCCCUGCAUCUUCCAAAACCUCCCCGUUGGCUGUGAUUGGCCGACCCCAGCAACCGUACGCGCUUUAACUUACUGUUUAGUCUUUUUCUUUUUUCCUUUAGUGUGAUACUAAGCUAUUUGUUCGAAACGGACAAUGUCUGCGCGGUUCGAUUCGUCCGAUCGCUCCGCCUGGUAUUUCGGACCCGUGUCGCGACAGGAGGCGCAGAACAUGCUCCAGGGGCGGAGACACGGCAUGUUCCUCGUCCGCGACUCGUCGACGUGCCCCGGCGACUACGUGCUGUCGGUGUCCGAGAACUCCAAGGUGUCGCACUACAUCAUCAACUCGUUGCCCAGCAAGAGGUUCAAGAUCGGCGACCAGGAGUUCGAGCACCUCCCCGCCCUGCUGGAGUUCUACAAGAUCCACUACCUGGACACGACCACUCUGAUAGAGCCAGCAGCCAGGUACCCAAGCACAGUGAGCGGUCCCAUCCAGCCCAUGGGUGUCCCAGACGACAACCUGGAGUAUGUGCGGACUCUUUACGACUUCACUGGCAGCGAUGCGGAGGACCUCCCCUUCAAGAGGGGGGAGAUCCUCAUCAUCCUGGAGAAGCCAGAGGAGCAGUGGUGGAGUGCCAAGAGCAAAGAGGGGCGUGUAGGGAUGAUCCCCGUACCCUACGUGGAGAAAGUGGUACGACCUUCAUCCAUCUCCGGCCCGCCUUCCCACGGAUCCCGCAACUCCAACAGCUACGGGAUUCCCGAGCCCUCCCACGCCCUCGUCCACGCCUACGCUCAGCCCCAGACGCCGUCGCCGUUGCCCCCUGGCACACCAGGCACGGUUAUCACCCCUUUACCGUCCAUGCAGAACGGCCCUGUCAUGGCGAAGGCCAUUCAGAGACGAGUGCCAUGCGCCUAUGACAAAACAGCUCUUGCUCUAGAGGUCGGCGACCUCGUCAAGGUCACGCGGAUGAACAUCAGCGGCCAGUGGGAGGGCGAGGUGAACGGACGCCGGGGCCUCUUCCCUUUCACCCACGUCAAAAUCAUAGACCCCCAGAACCCGGACGAGAGUGACUGACCCUCGGCCGGAGCCUAUCACCCAGCAUCGGUGUGUACCCCAAAAUCUGCUGGCCGUCGCCAACUUUUCCCGCCAGUGUCUGCGCGGUUACGUGCUUGCCUGCUUGGGGCUGUACCAUGAUCGCGACCCCCCCCCCCCCCCCCCCCCCCCCCCCCUCGUUGCCUACCGUUGCAAGGCUUACUGACUGUUUACAGCUUUGGACAUUGGAUCCAAACCAAACCUGACCCCCACUUCUCCCAGGCCCCUUUACUAUGUUUUGGUUCCAGGUUGGGCAGUUUUUACGCAUUGGUGUCCAUUUUCCACAUCACUGGGCAUCAGUUUGUGUGUGUGUGUGUGUGUGUGUGUGUGUGUGUGUGUGUGUGUGUGUGUGUGUGUGUGUGUGUGUGUGUGUGUGUGUGUGUGUGUGUGUGUGUGUGUGUGUGUGUGUGUGUGUGUGUGUGUGUGUGUGUGUGUGUGUGUGUGUGUGUGUGUGUGUGUGUGUGUGUGUUUUCACGAUAGAUAUAUCCCACAUUACAUUACAACAUUUUAUUUUUAUUUGUCAUGUUUGAGGUCUUGGGGACUUUAGAAAGUGUUUGUUGUUUUUGGUUGAUACAAAGACGUUCGUACGAAGUAGGGAGAUGCAAUGUCCCUGUGGACUCUGAAGAGCACUGAGGCUACGAGGAGUUUAACCAGCCAGUCAAAAUGUUUUUCUCCAAAGUCACUUUUGUACAUUUAAAUAUCACACAAACACACACACACACACGUGCACACACUUAUCGGGGGAUUUCAGGUUGACCGUUCUUUUGUCGUGUAUCCGAUGGUGUGACUGGUUGUAAUGUGAUGUUAUCGAUCCCAUUGUCCAAUGAUCCAACCUGGCACAAGUCUGGCUGAGGAGACGUAUUUAUCUUCCGUUUAAUAAGACGUGACACGGUUACAUGGGAUUUCAUCUUUUUUCCUAUUUGUGCCACAUGAUCAACAAAAUAUUGUUUCUUUGUUGUUUUUAAUUUGAGUCAUAGAGAAGAUGCGUUGUGUUGAGGGGUAAUUCUUUGCAUGCCCACUUCCACUCGGUACCUCUUUACUUGUCAUUCUCAUUCUUUUUUUUUCACUAUAAGGGCAUCGCUUACAGAUAAGCCGGUCUUUAGUGCCAACAGCCCGAGCUCUAGAAGAUAUAUUUCAACUUUUUUGCAUCGGAGUGCCGAGCUUUCUGACGGCUAGCUGAAACCGCAGCAUGGGGCACUCGGACUAGAGGCUUAUUAAGCUGGGGUGAGAAACUCCACAAUCAGUGGUCGUAGAUCAGGAAACGAGGAAAUGUCUCAGCAAGCCAACGGAAUGCCUUUAUCAGACGUCACGGUAAAAUGCAUAUUUGAGUGCAUGCAAUGCCCUUCUCUAACCGUUGUGUUUUUAAUGUGAUGUUACUCCUGUCAAUUUAAGCCUUCGACCUGCUUUUAUUCCUUAAAACAUUCGGGUCUGCGCACAAUAUUUUGACUCUUUUAUGCAAAACGAUGCAAACGAUGUGUUCGUACUCUGCCGCAACCAUAUUCAGUUUGAUCAGCAGGAGCCGAGGAUGAAACGUUUGUGAAAACAUUGCCGAGCCCAGGACCCCUACAUUCUGCUGUAAUACAUUUUUUUUUUUUUAAGAAACAUUUUUCUCAUGCAUUGCCCCCCUCGCAGUGCUCUCUGUUAAAAUCAUCGCUCAAGAGUAAUUGUUUGCAGCUUUUAGUUGUAACCAAAUGUUUUUGUAUGUAUGUCCGUUUGUAGUCGGCCAUCAAAUCAAGCAUUUUUUAAAUUUUUUGUUCAAAUGAGUGAUGUUAUUAAAACAAAAGUACCUACGGUCACAUUUACAAAAGGGAAAAAAUGCCUGCUGGUUGCCUCUGUGCAUGACCUCUUGGCCCGGGGGGAGGUGGUUCUGCUCGGCCGCAAAUGCUGCUUAAUGUCAUUUAUUUCCUUAUUAGGUAAAAGAUUUCUCUUAUUUUGAAAUCCCUCCCGGUCCGUGCGAACGAGCCGGCGCAGGAUUUUUCCUCAUCGAACAUAAUGAAAUCUACUAAUUAAGCAAUACGCCCCUGAUUAGUUUCAUUUUUCUCGAGGUGAACUCGCUUUUCUCAUGCUUCUGAGUCGUUUCGUAAUGGCAUUAACAGUAUUACUGUGCUCUCUUCUCAUACCCUAGGAAAGCCUGUCUUUCACUUAAGAAUUGAAAAUUGUGCCUUUUUAUUUUCUUAUACCAUUUACAUGUGUUAAUAUUUCCCAUGGUUAACACCUGUGCUGGUAUUGACCCCCUUUAUGUACAGAACAAGUAAAUAAAAUUUACGUCUACUUCUUUAA